AGCAAGCAACACAGUCUGUCGCACAGAAACAUCCUUCGAAUGUUGUGUCCACUGAUCCGCGUGUAUCCGUUGUCGCCCAGCCAGUCGAACAGAUUUACUGUCAUCCGGAUAUGAAUAAUUUGCUGGAAAAAACUCAAGGACCUGGGCUGAUUUCCCAAUCUGCACCUAUAACAGAUGCGUCCAACACAUUAGUGGCGCCGAUGGAUACAAUGGUGACGGAAGGAUACGUUGUAAACAUUCAGCAGCCCGAUGCAGACAGAAUCAUCAGAGAAGUUUCGGAUAAGAUCGAACAGGUCUGUACAAGAGUGGCUACAGAGGCGACUAACUCAGUACUUGGCUCAAUCCAAGUAAUGUUGGCUAAAACAUCAGCAAUGUUGGAGAUGAAAAUAGAUGCUGUUUCUCGCAGUAAUACAUGUUUGCAUGAUCAAGAGCCAUCGUCGUCUUUCCAGUUUUCUCCAGUGACAACUAUUGAGGGGCUGGACAAUCUGGAAGAAAAUCUGGAAAAUGAUGUGUACGCCAAACAGUUGUUUGCAUACAUGAAAAGGAUUAUUGGACAUAGUGGCGAUGAUUGUAAUGGACUCAAUAUUGCUUAUGGUCUGGUUGAUCACAUCUUCGACAGGAAGUUAAUGCUUGUCUGUUCUUGGACUGGAGAAAGUAAAGGAGAAACCACUAAGUAUCCUUUAAAGAAAUGUGUCAAUAUUCUUGACCUUUUCUUCAAACUAAUUCGUAGCGUGAAUAACACAUUUUCGCGUUUACUUCUUGAGGACUUUUUCAAGAGAGUAACGAGAAACUCAAAGAAACGGAGCGAGGCAAAAGGGAAGCGGCAAUCCUCAGUUCAUCGUAGAGCAAAGACAAAAGCGGCUCGAAAAUACCAUGGAAGUGAUAAGCAUGUUCUGGAUGAACAUCAGCAUCCUACAGCAGUUAUUGAACCGGAACAAGUGCUUACAGCCAACGACAUUGAAGGAGAAAUGGAAUCAGAAUCGAACUCAGAACAUGAAUAUGAGGAAGAUUCAUAUGACUUCAACGAUGAAUAAUUUGAGUGAUUUGUUGAUUAGUAAUCUUUUGCUACUUCUGAUGAGAUGCGAACAACAUAAGUGAAUAAUUUGAUUUCUCUAACAUGUUUUCUUAAAUAUAUCAUUUGUUUUUAUUGAAUACUUAUAAAAUUACUAUUAGAUAGA